AGUGUUUCUGACGGUUUGUAUGUGUGUGAGCGGGUAUGUGAGUGUGUGAACGAGGGGAGGAUUAUUCCUCUGGAAUAGGAAGCGUGACCAGGAACACCUUUAAAGGAACCUCAGCAUGUUGGGAGGAAAAGAAGGAGAGAUGAUGAUUCCUUUGUUGCUUUGAUCAUUUAGUGUCCCUGCUUUCCGUCUGUCUGUGGGAAUGACUUAUUACAGCAACAAGCAAAUUGUUUGUUAUCAAGUUUAAACAGUUCAUGGGCAAAAACAUGGAUCAGGAUUUGUUAUGUAAUUUGCAAUAAAUAAAGAUAUGAUUUAAGUAGAACAGUGAUAUGAAGAGAAGAAGACUGGGUUUCUGAGGACGGACAGACAGUAUUCCCAGGGGCACCUCGCUGGGUCCGCUGGCCACUACAACAGAACAGCUACUUUCCUCUCAAAUCGGAUGUUUUGACAGGACUGCAGACAUGCUGUGUGGUCUGAGGAGAGAGGCGAAGAAUAGCAGCAUCGAUGACGGGCCCUACUCUAAGGGCAACAAGGACUCUGGAGGGACCGACCAUGCCUCCAGGAGACGCAGUAUUGCAGAAGACUACCGGGGUGUGACCACCGUGGACCUAAUAAAGAGGGAGGGCAGCAGCCUGGGCCUCACCAUCUCCGGGGGGUCCGAUAAGGACGGCAAGCCCAGAGUGUCCAACCUACGGCCAGGUGGGCUAGCUGCCAGGAGUGACCAGCUGAAUGUGGGAGACUACAUCAAGUCUGUGAACGGCAUCAACCUGUCCAAGCUCCGCCACGAGGAGAUCAUCAGCCUGCUGAAGAACAUCGGGGAACGUGUGGUGCUGGAAGUGGAGUACGAAUUACCUCCCUUUGUCCAGAAUGCUCCCUCGGGUGUCAUAUCUAAGACCAUAGAGGUGUGCCUAUACAAAGAGGGUAACAGCUUUGGAUUCGUCAUGAGAGGAGGAUUCCAUGAAGACUGGCACAGGUCUCGUCCUCUGGUAGUGACCUACGUACGGCCCGGGGGUCCUGCUGAUAGAGAGGGCACACUGAAGGCUGGUGACCGCGUGCUGAGCGUGGAUGGGAUGCCCUUAAACCGAGAGAAGCACGCUGACACCCUCACUAUGCUGAUGCAGUGUAGCCAGGAAGCCCUGUUCCUGAUUGAGUAUGACGUCUCCGUCAUGGAGUCUGUGCAGCAGGCCUCUGGCCCCCUGCUGGUGGAGAUAGUGAAGUGUCCUGCAGCCAGCCUGGGUGUCAGCCUGGCUACUGCAGUGUACAGGAACAAGCAGGUCAUCAUCAUUGACAAAAUCAAACAGGCCAGUGUGGUGGAGAGGUGUGGGGCAUUGCAUUUAGGUGAUCUUCUCCUGUGUAUAGAUGGGACCAGUACUGAGCACUGUUCCCUGAUGGAAGCCACGCAGCUGUUGGCCCAAACCUCUGACAUUGUUAAAUUGGAGAUCCUGACAGCCAAUCAGAGCAGACUUCCCAUGAGACCUCAAGACACAGUGAAAGUGGAGAAGAGCAACCUUCACCAUUGGGACCCCACUGUUAACUACAGCCACACCCAACACUGCAAGACAUGGAGCAGUCCCAGCCACCCACUCAACCAGCAGGACCACUGCACAUCUCUGGUGUGUGGUGGCUUCUCCCCUUCCUCCACAGCCACCUCAGGGUACAGCAGUAGCCAGGGCAGCAGCACCCUACCCUGCCCCAUCCCAUCCACCAGCCCCCGUAACACCACACAUAAGAGACGCCAGAGGAGGAAGGAGCACAAGAGCUCACUGUCCCUAGCAUCCAGCUCAGUGGGCCCUGGGGGUCAGGUUGUUCAUGUGGAGACCAGCGAGGUCAUCGUGAGGGGGGAUCCACUCACAGGGUUCGGGGUUCAGCUGCAAGGGGGUGUCUUUGCCACAGAGACCCUGACCGUUCCCGCAGUCAUCCGCUUCAUCGAGCCUGACAGCCCUGCCGAAAGAUGUGGGUUGCUGCAGGUGGGGGACAGACUCCUGUCCAUCAACAGAAUCCCUACAGAGGAUGGAACACUGGAGGAGGCCAAUCAGCUACUGCGUGACGCUGCUCUGGCCAAUAAGGUCACCCUGGAGAUUGAGUUUGAUGUAGCAGAAUCAGUGGUUCCCAGUAGUGGCACAUUCCAUGUAAAACUGCCCAAGAGGAGAGGAGUGGAACUUGGCAUCACCAUCAGUGCAAGCAAGAGACCUGACAAACCUCUGAUCAUCUCUGAUAUCAGGAAAGGAAGCAUAGCCCACAGGACGGGUACAUUGGAGCCAGGGGACAGGCUGCUGGCCAUCGAUAACGUGCGUCUGGAGAACUGCACCAUGGAGGAUGCUAUGCACGUGCUUCAGCAGGCAGAGGACAUGGUCAAGCUCCGGAUCCAGAAGGACGAGGACAACGCUGAUGAGCUGGAGAUGUCUGGUUCCAUUAUCUACACGGUGGAGCUGAAGCGUUACAACGGGCCGUUGGGUAUCACCAUCUCAGGCACGGAGGAACCCUUUGACCCCAUCGUCAUAUCAGGCCUCACCAAGAAUGGCCUGGCUGAAAGGACUGGUGCCAUCCAUAUAGGGGACCGUGUCUUGGCCAUUAACUGUGUGAGUCUGAAGGGGAAACCACUGAGUGAGGCCAUCCAUCUGCUCCAGAUGGCCGGAGAGACUGUCACCCUCAAGAUAAAAAAACGUCAAGACGAGUCAGAUGUGCAGCAGAUGUCGGAGCAGGCAGGGUUCCUGAGCGACACAGAGGAUGAGCUGACUGACUCUCAGAAGACCAGUAAACGUUCAGGGGUGUACUCUGCCACCGUGCCCAGCAUGGACUCUGCCAUGAGCUCCUGGGACGGCUCCGGGAUCGACGCUGACUACGGCAGCCAUGGAACGUAUCUCCACAGAGCUGCAGAUUUGACUUUCCAGCCUAAUGAGUGGAGACGCACCAAACCACCCAGGACCCAACCCAACUCCAUCUCCACUGGCCUUACCGGCCUUACCCACCUCUACGAUGGGAGAUACACUGAGGAUGACUGGGAUACGGCUGCUGGAUACGCCAGCCCCCCUAGUUACCAUGGCACCCGGAAACAGGAGGAUAGCUUCUGGUCCCAGGCACUGCAGGACCUAGAGACCUGCGGCCAAUCAGAGAUACUCAGGGAGCUGGAGGCGUCCAUGACUGGCAGCACUCUCAGCCUGUAUCUGGAGGAAACGAGGUCCCAGGAUGACUCAGUGCUACAGAGCAGAAUCAGUCCUGUGAAGAGGGGUCCCAUUCAUGACGAGCCCAAAACCAAAAGCAACCUGCAGAGAUCAAACAGGACCAGGGACACACCACCCAGGGGGAGAGGGGAGCCCCAGGAGACCAGCUCCCCUACAACCCUGGAACUACUUAAGGUGACCCUGAGGAAGGACCCAGACUGUGGAGACUUCGGCUUCAGUGUGUCAGACGGCCUCCUGGAGAAGGGUGCCUAUGUCAACAUGAUCCGACCAGAUGGUCCUGCCGACCAGGCCGGAUUGAAACCCUAUGACCGCAUUCUGCAGGUGAACCGAGUAAGGACCAGAGACUUUGACUGCUGCCUGACCGUCCCCCUCAUCACUGAAGCAGGAGACCGCUUGGACCUGGUAAUCAGAAGGAACCCCCUGGCACAGGCAGAUAAUGGGCCGCUACAGGACUGCGAGGACCCGUCUGAUUCACUGUUGGACUUCCCAUAUUACAGGACCAACAGUAUCGCCCUGUGACCAAGGUCCAGGUGGGAGAUUAUGUAUUAAUAGGCACUGCACAUUACACACACUGAUUUAGUUUCAUAUCUCUUGUACAGACACACACACACACACACACACACACAACCACCACAUUCACACAUGAGCAUACAUUUGUAUGUGAAUAUUCACACAGACACACUGUCAUUCACACUGUGUGACCAGUGUUAGUCAGUCUAAUCAUGUGAUCUAGAGCAGAGCAGAGGAGACUCUGUCAGGCUCCUAGGGCUGUUCUGGAAAAAACACAUGUCAUCACGUAACAGCUUCUGGAUGACAACACUAGCGUUGCUCAGUUCUGCAGAAAUCCUAGAGAAACACUUCCAUCCCAUAGAAGCAGGUGUGUUUGGCACACCACCUCAGCAUUUAUUUUUUAUUUUAUUUAUUGUGUGUUUAAUUGACGCUCUGUGACCUUUUGCUGGGUAUUGGUGCAGUUACAUGUACACACACACUUGACACACGAACGUGGGCACAUGCUGUGCUGGACUAUUAUUUAAGCCAUGGGUUGGCUGGCUGCCUUCUCUUUCCCCUCCUGGCCCACAUUGCCAACCCCAAGCAAAAAACAGCUAACUAGCACCUCCAAAUAGAUAGAAUGCUGAACUGUCACUCACUGUUUACUUGCCAAGUAUUGCAUAUAUUUCUAUUUUAGAUCCCCCACUCUAUCCUGAAGUCUAAAAUGUUUGUGAAGAUGGACUUGGUGACUCAGGUCCAGGCUUUAUCCCUGUUAUUAAAUGGCCAUCAUAUGAAGGACAAAUACUUACAAACGACUGUUUUAUCACACCUUCUACUUUGUCCACAACAAAAGUUAGAUUUCAGAAUGUUUCUUUUUCUCAUUACAUUUCUCACACUGUUAAUAGCUACUGGAUAGACAGGGCAGAAGUGUGUAAUUCAUACUUUUGGGAUCAGUGUUUUUGUUUCGCAAGGUUCUUGUCAACGGUUUUAUGUAAUCAAGUUCUCUAUUUAUUUUACCAAGCCACACUUUUGUUGCUAGCAUGCACUAGUAGUUCACCUAAAUGAGAUCCAUGCACUAGUAGUUCACCUAAAUGAGAUCCAUGCACUAGUAGUUCACCUAAAUGAGAUCCAUGCACUGGUAGUUCACCCAUAUCAGAUCCAUGCACUGGUAGUUCACCCAAAUCAGAUCCAUGCACUGGUAGUUCACCCAAAUCAGAUCCAUGCACUGGUAGUUCACCCAAA